GCCAGCGACGCGCAGCCGUUAACGGCGGAACAGCUCCUGCUCGCACGUGACGCGCCUCACGCCCCGUCACCUGACGGGAAAGCGGUGUCCCGCAAGGGACAAAACGCCUCGCGGAGCGCCCUGGCGUAACUUCCGCCAGGCGGGGAGAAGCAUGGCGGAGGUGGAGGAGCCGCUGCCUGCCUCGCCUCAGAGCGAGGGCCGAAGCGAGGGCGGGGAGGAAGCUCCGGAAGGCGGAGCUGCAGCGGGGGCUGCCGACGCGCCCCCCGCUCCGGCCGGCUCGCCGGGCACCGAGGAGCCCGCCUGCGACACAAAAAAGAAAAUUGACAUCCUGCUGAAGGCCGUGGGCGACACCCCCAUCAUGAAGACCAAGAAGUGGGCGGUGGAGCGGACGCGGACCAUCCAGGGCCUCGUCGACUUCAUUAAGAAGUUUCUCAAGCUGAUGGCCUCCGAGCAGCUGUUCAUUUAUGUAAACCAGUCUUUUGCUCCAUCUCCAGACCAAGAAGUUGGGACCCUCUAUGAGUGUUUUGGAAGUGAUGGCAAGCUUGUACUGCAUUAUUGCAAAACUCAGGCAUGGGGAUGAAUUACAAGCAAUGAAGUUGUCUGGGUGUUGUCUUCAAAAAUGGAGAAGGGACUAACUUUUUUAAACUCAGCCUGUAAACACACAGAAAGAAUGGUUUUUGCAUUUCUGCUUAUGACUGUACAUUUAUUAAAAAUAUGCAGAUGAAUAGCGUAAAAAAAGAGCUACCGAAGCUAUCUGAUCAGGUAGCUUUUUUCCGAUGUAAAUAUAGGGUACAGAAAAAAAUCUGCAUCUGCCCCCUAUAGAGUACAGCCAGCUCUCUUGCUGCUUAGUUGUCAGUUGCUGCAUCUGAAGGGAAAGUAUUUCAUAGUUGUCUGAAGGUCUGGGCAGCUCUGUCAUUCUAUAUGCUGUAUUGAAGAUAAAAAGUUCCUUUUUAUUAAAAGGGAUACUUACUGUACAUGUAGCCUGGUAUUCUGUUAACUUCUGGUGUGUUGUACAUCUGCCAUAUGCGUUCUGUUCUUUUUGAAGUCUUCAUCUUGAAAAUGCAUUAUCUCAUGUCAUUUCGAGACAGUAUUUUGAUUUUUUUUUUUUCCUCAUAAUUAACAUGUAGGUUUUGGUAUAUAAUUACUUCACCCUGUGCCUUCAUUGUGUCGAUAGUGUUAUGUACAUUGUUUAUAUGGCACAGCAUAAUGACAGGCCUCAGAAAUGCUUUCCUCCCACCUGAAUUGUGUAGUGAUUUGUUGAAGGCUGAACAGCAGUUGCUAAAGUAUUUCUUCUGGCACUAUUUAAUGAUGAGAAUAAUUAUUUGAAUGGUGCAGCUGGCUGUUGCAUCUUUCAGUUAAUGAGAAAAUAGGCAUAAGAUGGUAAAACCCUACUGUAAUCUCCUUUUGGCUACUGUUAUUUUCCUGUUUCACCAGCUGCAUGUUCCAUCAAUAAAAUAGAAUGCACUUUACAUCCUUUUACUAAGCCACAUAAUAAGGAUUUUUUUAUUUUUCAUCCUGGAGAGGACUUAGUACCUUUACUAGGAUACUGACCUUUGCUUUGGUUGUGGGGUUUAGUUUUUUGUGGGUUUAUUUUAAGUGUCUUUUGUACAAUCUUUUAUGUUUGUUUAAGUUGAACUACAUUAAAUGUUAGCUGUUUGCUUGCA